AUGGACACGUACACGCGUCAAAAUGAAGGUGUUUUUGUAGUGAAAGCUAAAGUCCUGCGUAGAGUAUUUUCUGAGGACUAUGAGAAGGAGGAGAGUAAGAUACUGGAUCCUCGAGGACAGCGCAUCAGCCAAUGGAGCAAGAUAUUCUUAGCGGCAUGUCUUGUUUCUUUAUUCGUAGAUCCAUUGUUUUUAUUCUUGCCGACAGUCAGAGCGCCGGAGGUAUGCGUGGAAACUGGAAAGACUCUCCAAGUUAUCCUCACAAUCAUAAGAUCCAUGGGUGAUGUGUUUUAUGUGAUUAACAUAUUUGUUCGGUUUCAUACGGCCUACGUAGCACCUUCUUCGCGUGUAUUCGGAAGAGGAGAGCUUGUCAUUGAUCCUUCAAAGGUUGCGUUGAGGUACCUUCGAAGUGGCGUCUUCUGGAUAGAUCUCAUCGCUGCCCUGCCCCUUCCUCAGGUUUUAACUUGGGUAGUUAUACCCAAUCUUCAGGGUACAAUUGUGACAGUAAAAAAGAUUUCGUUGUGGUUUAUCAUGAUGAUCCAGUACCUCCCAAGAGUCUUUCUUAUCUAUCCUCUCUCUUCGCAAAUUGUUGAUGCAACUGGUGUUGUCACAGAAACAGCCUGGGCAGGAGCUGCUUACAACCUUAUGCUUUACCUUUUGGGGAGCCAUGUUUCAGGAGCUUGGUGGUACAUUCUAUCAGUUCAGCGACAACAAGCAUGCUGGAGAAGUGCGUGCAAUUUGGAGAACUUAGGUUGCCAAUACGACUAUUUCGAUUGCCGCAAGGUUGACGAUCCUUCAAGGGUUAACUGGCGCCAGUCAACAAAUGUGAGGACUCUGUGCAAUCCAAAUGCUACCUUUUAUCAGUACGGAAUAUAUGCAAAUGCAGUGACAUCAAAUGUUAUAGGCUCAGCAUUCUUCAACAAGUACUUUUACGGUUUGUGGUGGGGCUUGCAGCAAUUGAGUUCUACAGGACAAAAUCUUACUACAACCACUUACAUUGGAGAAAUACUUUUCACCAUCAUUGUCGCCACCCUUGGGCUGGUUCUUUUCGCACUCUUCAUUGGCAACAUGCAAAGAUACCUUCAAUCAACAUCACUGAGACUAGAAGAGUGGAGGAUAAAGAGAACUGAUACAGAACAAUGGAUGCAUCACCGGCAGCUGCCUCCGGAACUAAGGCAGUCUGUUCGGGAGUACGAUCAGUAUAAGUGGUUGGCUACUAGAGGGGUUCAUGAAGAAGAGCUUCUCAAUACCCUCCCUACGGAUCUCCGGAGAGAAAUCAAACGCCACCUAUGCCUCUCCUUAGUUCGACGAGUCCCAUUGUUCAAUCAAAUGGAUGAAACAAUACUAGACGUGAUAUGUGAGAGGCUUAAGCCAGCACUGUGCACGAAAAACAUGUUCCUUGUGCGCGAAGGUGAUCCUGUGAAUCAGAUGCUCUUCAUAAUUCGAGGACAUCUUGACUCUUGUACCACUGAUGGUGGUCGAUCCGAUUUCUACAACUCCUGCCGGAUAGGCCCAGGUGAGUUCUGCGGUGAAGAGCUGCUUAACUGGGCCUUAGACCCGCGUCCACACAUCAUCCUUCCGUCGUCCACACGAACUGUCAAGGCUAUAACUGAAGUAGAGGCUUUUGCUCUCGUAGCAGAGGACUUGAAAUUUGUGGCCUCACAAUUCCGAAGACUGCAUAGCAAACAACUUAGACACACUUUCAGGUUCUACUCACACCAAUGGCGAGCAUGGGCCGCAUGUUUCAUACAGGCAGCGUGGCGUAGGCAUAGAAAGUUCAUUCAAGCGGCUGACCAUAGACCUGGUGAGAGUGCACAGGAGUCAUUCUGGUCCAGGUACGCUGAUGAUCUGUUGAAGAGGACAAAAAGUAAGCUGGGUGUCACCAAUUCUGCUCGAAUAGAUCCCAAUGUUGUCAGCUCGUUGCAGAAGCCCCCAGAGCCAUAUUUUGAUUGAACUGUACAACACAUUAAACUUUACAACUGCCGCCCUUCAAAUUAUCGACUGGACUGUUAAUGUGUACACAUUUGGUCUGUGUUUUUCUUUUUUUGGUUGUAUGAAUGAAUUGAUGCAAACUGCCUUUUGUGCAGGCAAGCUUUUCCCUCUCUUGGUCCUUCAA